AUGUCACAAGAGCAAGGCAAAGUACGGCCAUAUCCCCGAGGCCUGAAUCAUGUUGCCCGACUUUGGCAACGAGUGAACGAUCGGACUGCUGCAAGUGAACAUCCUAGAACAUUGAAAUCCUCUACGUCCAAAACCAAGAAGGAAGACCUUGGAUUCCUGGAAUUGGUAUGCCCAGAGGAUCCCACCGUCGAUAUCAUAGCAAUCCACGGCUUGAAUGGUCACAGAGAAAAGACUUGGAUGACAGACGAUGGCGUUCUUUGGCUACGCCAAUUCUUGCCGUCCUCAUUGCCUCGUGCCCGUAUCCUGACCUAUGGCUACGACGCCGACACUCACAGUACGGAGUGCGUAUCGACCCAGACUAUGCGCCGCCACGCCGUCGGUCUGGCUCAAGCUAUUUUACGGAAGCGUAAAGAUGCUCGACGCCCCAUCAUCUUUGUUGCUCACGAUUUGGGAGGCAUCAUUCUCAAAUGGGCGCUUGUCAUAUGCAACAAUGAGGACCUGGAAUCAAAAGACGGCCUACGAAAUAUCGUGAAGAAACGCCUUAAGAAGAUCGUUCGCCUGGCAGCACCAUGUAUGGAAUCGACAGAAGUCAUUGUCAAGAACCUUCACGCUCACUCGGAUGAACUCGAAAACAUCCAGAGCUUCACCGGAGCCGACGAACAGCAGAUACAUUUGAAUGUUCCGUAUCACUCGGCGGUGAUCGCUGGCGAUCAAAACGCUAUUGCGGUCGUACUCCAUAGCGAUCACCAGAACCUUGUCAGAUUCCAGACGGAAGAGAGUGAAGAUUACCAAGCAGUUGCUUACUAUCUCACGGAGUGCGCUGAGAACGCCCCCGAUGCCGUGCACAAAAAAUGGUUUAUGGAGAAUAACUUGCGCACCGUCGUGAAGGGAGGAACCAUCCCUCAACCAGACGACGCGCUUUUCGUAUCUCAACUGCCGGUAGUCGCAUUCGCCCCAUCCUCUGUCCAUACCACCUGUCUACAAGGAACUCGCCAGGCUGUCCUCGAGACAAUCUCGCAAUGGGCCGAUGGCGAUUCAUCAGAAAAACCGAUCUUCUGGCUAUGUGAUAUAGCGGGCUCUGGAAAAUCGACCGUCGCGAUGACUGCAAUGGAGAAGUGGAAGAAGCAAGGAAUCUUAGGCGGCGGAUUCUUCUUCUCCAUGGCAAGCAGCGAAAGCUCAGACAUCGAAAAGUUUUGCUCGACCAUGGCGAGGGAACUCGCUCAACAUAUUCCCGAGCUUGGGACACCGAUUGCGGAGAUAGUAAAGCGGAAUCCUGCUCUCCUGCGAGCCUCUUUUGAUCAACAGUUUCGAAUGCUCAUCACCGACCCACUCCAGCAUCGACAGACGCAAGUAGUCCUCGUCUUAGAUGCACUCGACGAAUGCAAGUCUGGAGCACAGAGAAAAGAACUGGUUGAGACUCUCGCUUCUGCUGCUCAGGAGAGCAAGAAUCUUCGGAUAUUCAUCACAAGUCGACCAGACCCUGUGGUCGAAAGGGUUUUAGAACCUCUUUCGAUCAAGGCCAAGUUGACAGAUCGGCUCCACGAUGCUAGCCACCGCGAUAACAUCGAUGACAUUGCGAUAUACGUCCAUCGAUUGCUCGGCCGGCGCCUGACGCCAGAUAAGAUCCAGCGACUGGUUGAUAAGGCCAACGGGCUGUUCAUUUGGGCGAGCACUGCGUGCCGGAUGCUCGAUGAUGAAUCAUCGGCGAUCAAUACACGAGCCUGGAGCCAUCGACGGGUAUACGACGUUUUCGAGCGCAUUGACCGAGCAUCCAAACCAGUCAUCAUUGAAAUGCUCGGUAUGCUGCUUCUGCACGAGCCGCUCACCACCCACGACUUGGAAGAUCUUGUUCAAGCAUACCAAAGGACAAGGAGUGCCAGUGCGCUAGUACAGAAUCUGGGAAGCGUGCUCAAGCAGGAUCCAAUCACAUGCUUGAUCCAGUUUCGCCAUCCCACGUUUGUCGAAUACCUUCGACGACGCUGCACGGAACCAAAGAAAGCGGCAAUGGAAUAG